AUGGCUUCCGAAACAUAUGCUCAUACUUUCGGAGAUCCAACGCCACCGUCCUCCUCUUCCUCCUCCAGUCGUCUUCGCGAGUGGUGGUUACGACCAGUAGUGACUAUACCGGCAACUAAUGAUCAUGACCCCACUUUCAAGGAAUUUGCGGCUUUACUUUCACCCUUUUGCGGCGCCUUGUUCACCGUCGUCGCCAUAUUAUCAGUCUUUGCAUCCAUCGACAAAGCUCACCCCCACGCCAAAUUCUCCAUCCAAUCCGUCGCCGUCUCUCCCUCCGGCGCCACGUGGCACGUCGACUUCCUCGUCGAAAACCCGAGCUCUAGAUAUUCUAUCUACUACGACGACGAUGAUGCUUCCGUGAGGCUCGGUGAUCUAUCCGUCGACGUUUUUAAAAUCACACGUAAACGUGUUUAUAGAGAUCACACGGCUUUCUCGUUGGACUUCGAUGCUCAGGGUAAUGGAAACGACGCCGUUUCCGGGCAGCUUGACAUCAAACUCGGUGGGAAGCAUAAGCGUUACGUUGAUUAUCACGAAGCUGGACAUUUUGAUAUCAGAUGAAAAAUUGCAUUCGGCAAACCUGGUAGUUGUUACUUGCAGCUCUUUGCCCAUUCCGUCUCCGUCUCCGUUACCGCCUCAAACGCAAAUAUCUCAACCGCUGAUUGGAGAAUCGGUUUGACUGCGCUGAGUCCGGUCACCGGUUGCAAAAUCUCUCUCCAUGGAAUCAAAUCGCGUCUCCUCCGUGGCGAGGACGUUAUCUCCGAGUCCCAUCCAUCGUUCGAUAUUUUUGGACAGCUUGUUACCUACGAAAAAACGGAUGGGCGGGUAAUACAUGUCGACUUCGAAAAAGUGGUAAUGCCGAGAAUUAUCGGCGGCGUGGUUAGGGAUUGUCGGGUGGAGAUUACCGCCGGAGUGACAGAAAUAGGUCAUGGUUUCUUGAUGGUGUUGUGCGGCGAUUUACCGGUGAAAUUCACGGCGGAUCCGGCGGGAAAUGUGACUGGAUCUUUGCUAGGAAAUAUGAAACGGUGUGACUAUUUAUCCCGGGAUAACUUGAAUCUUUCCUUUUAG